GGCAUCAUGGAUGAUAAGAUGAGCAGCUGUUCAACCAGCUUGGUUCCUGCUCGUAGCUUCGGCUCAGUUUGCAGCCCUUCUCUCACUUCUUCUUUAACACAGAUGUUCAGCAUCCUGGACUCUGCUGCAGAGCAGCUUAUGGUCCACAGAGAUUUCCAGGUAGCCUUUGACACAUGCGACAGAGGCCUGGAGAGCCUCGCCAACAUGGACCAAGAGGACAGCAGAUGUGGCGAGUUUAAGGCAGCUUUCUGCAUCUUAGGGAUUCAAGCGUUGGCUGAGCUGAAUCAGUGGCAUGGUGUCCUCUCCUGGGUCCUUCAGCAGUAUGAGCACCAGGAGAAAAUACCAGCCAAAAUAAUGCAGAUGUGCAUACUUCUUUACUCCAAGGUGGGAGAGCCAGCAGUGAUGCAGGAGGCAGCCAGAGUUUGGUUACACUGCCCGUCCAACAGCAGAGCAACAGGCUUCGGGACGGUGGCAGAGCUCUACCUACUGCACGUCCUCGUCCCUCUCGGACACAAAGAUGAGGCUCUGGAGCUGAUUGGCGGCGAGGUGGGGAGCUCUGCGUUCACAGAGGACCAGAGGCAGACGGCACUGGAUGUUGUGGAAGAAAAAGAGCUGGAAUCACAUCCAAAUCCCAGGAUCAAUCCAGACUCUGAGACUGCUGCACAUCCUGUCUCAACUGAAGGAGCUGUAAUCCAUCGACUCGAAGCCAUGCUCAAGUUUUUCUACAGAAAGCUGCUGCUGACCAGCUCUGGCUCAUUCUCUCUGCGGAGAGUCUUUCUGGCUGCUGUCCUUCUCUACAUGCUCUGUCUUCGCUUGGAUCCAGCUCUCCCGUCUUCAUUCAUGUGGAUUUCCAAACUUCUUCAGCUGCUCAAACAGAUGUGGAGGGCCAUGUUUGCGCCGUACCAUCAGGCUCUCACUCAGAGCAAAGGGCUGUAAAAGACUGAAAAUCACAACAUGUUUUACCCCAUUUCAAGUUGUAUUAAACCUGUUUAAACACAAAUGAACAACUUUAUGCUACUCUAAUAAAGACGUUGCCAGCAGCAUUUGUAGUUUUUUUUUUUAUUAUUAGAAACAAAAGACUGAGAUAGACAGAUUUUUUCUGGUCCGGAUUGUUCAUCCUGAAGCAAGUAAAAAUAAUAAUGUUUAUUUAACCUGGAAAGAGCCUCACUUAGAUUAAAAUCUUUUCCUGGCCAAGACAGUAGCAGCACUUAGAACCUAAAAAAUAGAUAUAAAAAUAUCAAAAGAUGAAUUAAGGACCAACAAAACAGCUGUGAUCAUACUGUAAAACAGGUAGAAUAAAGAUAUGGAGGUGUUUGUUUAAUUUCGUUCCUGUCCUCAGACUGAGAUGAUUCCAGUCUGAUUCCAGAAGAAACAUUAUGAACUCGGUCCUGUUGACCUUUUACUAAGACUGACAUUGAUUCAUCAGCUUGUCAUUUAGCUAUCUGACACUGAAAUGCAUUAAAACCAGGUCACUGUAUAU